CCUACCUGAGGGCCGGGGCCACCCCCGCGGCGCGCAUGGGGCAUGGAGGCGGCGGCCGGCGCGGGCCGCGGGGCGCCCCCGGGGCCCCCGAGAGCCGCCGCCGUCCCGUGUUUCGGCAUUUCGGUGGACCCGGACGACAUCCUCCCGGGCGCCCUGCGCCUCAUCCGGGAGCUGCGGCCGCUCUGGAAGCCCGAACGAGUCCGGACCAAGCGCUUCACUGAUGGCAUCACCAACAAGCUGGUGGCCUGCUACGUGGAGGAGGACAUGCGGGACUGUGUGCUGGUCCGAGUCUACGGGGAGCGGACGGAGCUGCUGGUGGACCGCGAGAGCGAGGUCCGGAACUUCCAGCUGCUGCGGGCUCACGGCUGUGCCCCGAAACUCUACUGCACCUUCCAGAAUGGUCUGUGCUAUGAGUACAUGAGGGGCGUGGCCCUGGGGCCAGAGCACAUCCGUGAGCCCCGGCUCUUCAGGCUGAUCGCCUUAGAAAUGGCCAAGAUUCACACCAUCCAUGCCAACGGCAGCCUGCCUAAGCCCACCCUCUGGCACAAGAUACACAGUUACUUCGCCCUCGUGAAGAACGAGAUCAACCCCAGCCUGUCCGCGGACGUCCCUGAGGUUGGCGUGCUGGAACGGGAGCUGGCCUGGCUGAAGGAGCACCUGCCUCAGCUGGACUCCCCGGUGGUGUUUUGUCACAACGACCUGCUCUGCAAAAACAUCAUCUACGACAGCAGCAAAGGUCAUGUACGGUUCAUCGACUAUGAAUAUGCUGGCUACAACUACCAAGCUUUUGACAUUGGCAACCAUUUCAAUGAGUUUGCAGGUGUGAACGAGGUCGAUUACUCUCGGUACCCGGCGCGGGAGACCCAGCUACAGUGGCUGCGCUACUACCUGCAGGCCCAGAAAGGGGCGGCUGUGGCCCCCAGAGAGGUGGAGAGGCUCUACGUGCAAGUCAACAAGUUUGCUCUGGCGUCUCACUUCCUCUGGGCACUCUGGGCCCUCAUCCAGAGCCAGUUCUCCACCAUCGACUUUGAUUUCCUCAGGUAUGCAGUGAUCCGACUCAACCAGUAUUUCAAGGUGAAGCCUCAGGUGUCGGCCCUGGAGAUGCCAAAGUGACCACCCUUCCCAGUCCUCCCCGUCUGCCUGGCCAGACCUGCUCUUCAGGGCCCGGCUCUGCUCUGGGGUCUGCACCUUGGACAGGGUGGGCAAGGGGCCAGGAGUGUCCCUGAAGAGCACUCUGCCCCUGUCCCCAGCCCUGAGAGAUGAUGGUGACCGUUUUUGUUUGAUGGUGACCGUUUUUGUUUGGAGGGGCUGAUAGAACCCAGCUCUGAGGAUCCUCUCCACCUUGCCAGACUUGGUGAUGGGGAGUGCCUGAAGCCAGGCAGGGCUGGGACUGCAGCCACCCUGGGAGGCCCAGCCUCCCCACCCCGUCCAUCCUGAGUCUGGGCUCAGACCUCAACUACCCUGGGAAGCCCAGCCUUCCCAUCCCGGCCAUCCUGAGUCUGGAUUGGGACUCAACCACCCUGGGAAGACCAGCCUUGCCAUCCCAGGCCAUCCUGGAAUCUGGUCUGGGACUCAACCACCCUGGGAAGCCCAGCCUUCCCAUCCCAGCCAACCUGGAGUCAGGGCUGCCCUGGGAAGCCCAGCCUUCCCAUCCCAGGCCAUCCUGGAAUCUGGUCUGGGACUCAACCACCCUGGGAAGCCCAGCCUUGCCAUCCUGGCCAUCCUGAGUCUGGGCUGCCUUCGUGUCUUUGACCUUCCUAGCCUGGGGAAGGGGGAGGGUGGGAGGGCUCCUUUCUACCUCCAGGGCCCUGAGCCUCCAGCCUGUCUACUCCUGCGUGCCCCAGGUGGGAGGUGCUGGGUCCAGACGAGUAUCCUGCCAACUCUGACCAAUGGAUGUAUAGAUGCUGGGGGAGGCGUCUAGAGUCAGGUUUGAUGGCUCCCCAGCAGCCGCCUCCUCUCAGAUCCCUCCCUUUCUCCAAAGCAGAUCCAGCCAGAUAAGCCCUUCCCAUCCUGAGGACACGUGCUUUCCCCCAGUGCCCCUUGCCCCGGGCCUGUGCUCGGUCUGUCUGCCACCUGCCAGGAGGAGAGGGAGGGGAUGGGCCCGAAGGCUGGCUAGGCUUCACACUGCCUCAGCUGGAGGGGCAGCAGCCCAGAGCGGCGGCUGCACGGCAGCCACCAUCCUGUCCCCUCCCUCCUUGCCCUCCAGACCCUCACUUCCCAGGAACAGUGUUCUGUCCUGAGGUUGACCCACGGUCUUCCCCCUGGGGAAUGCCUAGUGGGAGUCAGAGGGCAAAAGCCACGGACGGCCAGGGCUCGCCCAGCGUGCAGGGGCUCGGGUGGGAUUGGCUGUGAAGGUGCUGUGGGAACUGCUUCCCCAGGUCCCAGUGGCCGCCACCUCCUUCCUCACCGCCUUUUGGGUCCUCCUGGCUCUGGCCGAUAAAAUGGUUCAUUUGUAAAUGAUCAUCAUUUUCUGCAUUAAAAUGGUCACGUACAGAGCCACUA